ACGGCGUUCGGCAUGGAGAGGUCAGGCACGUUCGUCGAGCAAGGCCGGGGCCUCGCCGCCGUGGUGUCCCGGCUGGAGGAGCUGGGCUUCCCUGGAGUGUCCCGGCGGGCGCUGCGUCGGUGCGAUAGCCUCCGUCAGGUGCGUGAGGUGGCCGCCAAGGCGCGCGUGCGUCCGUGGGAUUUGCCGGAGCCCCUUCGGGAGGCCGUGUGCGGCGACCAGGCGCACGCCCUCAGCGCGGCUUGUCCCUGCGACAGCUUCGUGCGCCUGUGGAGCGACGCGACGCGGGAGAGGGAGCCCAUAAGGAGAGCCCACAGAUUCCUGGAGCGCCAGAUUUGUCCGGUGAUCCUGGAGCGCCUGGCGGCCGCCAUGGGCGUGCCCCAGUACGUGGCCAGGGACCUGCGCACGCCCACGCCCAUCCUCUGCCGCAGGGUGCUGACACACCCUGCAGGCGCCGGCACCUCCGUGGACGCCCUGCGGCAGCACCUCCGUCGGAUAGACCUGUCCUUCUCGGAGCGGCUUGACAGGUACCUGGCCGGCCCUGACAUCGAUGACGUGUUGGUGUCCGCGGCGGUGCGAGGCCAUCCGCACAGCUGGCGCUCCGUCGGGGAGGCCCUGUGCGUCGACCGGGCCACCCUGACCAGCCUCUCCCGGGACGAGCGCUACGACGACUCCGGCCGCAUGUGCAGGGUCCUGCAGUUCGCAGUGGAGGCGGGCCGGCUGCAGAACGACCAGGAUCUGGCCGCCGUGCUCAGGAGGUUCCUCGAUCCACACCGCGUCCCUGCGGCGCCCGGCCGGAGACUCUGACGCCGAGGGCCGCCUGUGCCGCUCCGCCCUCGCGCCCGCAGGCCUGCCCUCGUCUUCGGCUCCUCCGCGGCACAGGGUCGGCUGGAAUUCCCAUCUACUUCCUUCGUGAGUGCAGAUGCCCACGGGAGAACCUUCGGCGUCCAUGGCACCCGUGGCCGGAGAAGACGCGGUCAGGUCAAAGGCCAGAGUGAUCCCGCGGCCUCAUGCGAAGACCUGGGCGCUCUCCCUCAGGCCGCUUGGCCCAAACUUAUCAGACUGCCUGCAGCAGCGCCACCUCAUGCUUCUGAGAAGAAAAAAUCUUGAUAGCUGCAAGAAAUGAAAUCUAAGAAAAGAGCUUUUAAAAGAAGCUUGUACAUGCGUUCUUUCAAAAAAGAAAAAAUAUCGACUUUGUUGAGAGAAACAAACCAUUCAUUUGCGCUUCAACACGCGUUCAGCUUACAUCGGAAAGAGUUGGCGUUAAACACCUUUAAAUGGCAAAGCGAAAUCAACGCCACGUCCGUGCCGCUUCCAGCCGACCCAGACGCCUCCCCAGGUGACAGCAGAUGCCUCAGGAAAACCGAAACAGCAGGAAAAGAAAGCCAAGAGGAACUCGGCCGCCCGGCCACAGGGAGGUCCCGCCCGAGAGCGGGAAGUCUGCGUCGAAACUUCCUUCUUCAGUGCGGCUCUUCUUCUGCAUGACGCGCACACGCACGCAC